CAGAGGCAGUUACAAAUGAAUGGUGGGAAUAGGAAGAGAUGAGCCCCAACGGAUGGUCUCCACCACCACCUUCCAUUAAAGACCUUCUUUUCUGAAGCUCUUUAUGGUGUUCAGCCAGACAGGGCUUAUCUAUUUGGUCUUUCCAUCAUAUCAUAUUCCUAAACUCAAUAAACACCCAAAAAAAAAAAAAAAAUUAUUCCCCACUUUUUUUAUUAAUCUAAUUUCUUUCUCUCCAUCUCCCUCACCGAUCUUACAUUUUCCAAGUCUCCAAAAAAAAAAAAAAGCCAUCCUUUUUCUUUUCGAGUGGGGCGAAAACGUCGACGUUUAGGCUCGUGGGGGCGGCUUUCUCAUCGCCGCCGCCACAGCCACCUCUACCACCGCCACUAAUAAGAUAAGAUAAGAUAAUUUCAAUGACGGAAAUGGAACGUCGUCACGACCCGCAAGUACAGGAGAAGGAAGUGUCGCUGUCGUCGCAAUCGUCGAGCAAUUUGGAUUCAGAAGAGGAGCUGCAGCACAUGCCGUUGGCUCCUCCCAGGUUGAAAAGCCACAAGCGUUUGUCCAAGCAGCUGUCAAUGUGCGAGACCCCACGUGACAUUGCAUGGGAAAGGCGCCGGCGGCAGAUCCUCAGGCAAGAGCGUCGGAAACGCGGUAUCUCCGAUUCCGACGACCUUACCGAUGAGGACUUGCAUGAACUUAAAGGGUGUAUAGAGCUUGGGUUUGGGUUCAAUGAGGAAGAUGGUCAAAGGCUUUGCAGUACUCUACCGGCUCUUGACCUUUACUUCGCCGUCAACCGGCAGAUCUCACCUAGUCCGGUUUCCACUCCGCAGAGCCGUAAGUCCACGUCGUCGCUUGGUGAACGGUCUUCGUCUUUCGAAAGCCCCAAGAGCGAAUCCGAAUCAUGGAAGAUUUGCAGUCCAGGUGAUGAUCCUCAACAAGUGAAGACAAAGUUGAGGCAUUGGGCUCAAGCGGUUGCCUGUUCAUUGAUGCAGUCAUACUGAGAGAGAUGUGGGGUGGCUUUGUACAGGGAAUACUAGAUAAAGAAAUAAUAAUAAUAAUUAAUUAAUUAAAAAAAAAAGAAAGAGAGGGAGAGAGAGAGAGAGAGAGAGAGAGGGUUGGCUAAUGAAAGUUUAAUUAGGAUUUUUUUUUUUUUCUGGGUAUUAAAUAUUUGUAAUGUUGGUCGCCGGUACUGCUGUAGUAGUUGCCAACAAAAAAUCGGUGGGCGGCUUAAAAUGUGUUUAUCGGGGGUAUAUGUUUAUUUCUUAGGGCCAAAGGAGUCCACUGGGAAUGUUGCAUGAGAACUUUGGUUAUAGGAUUUAUAUGCUUUUAACA